AAUAGAGAACAAAUCAUACAAAUAGAUAUACUCUUUUGAUAUUUUAUUGCAUGAUGCUACCUCAGAAUUUGCCUAAAAUUUCGAAUCACGAUAUAAGAUUUGGAGAUCCUGUUUCCUUGCAUCGCCUCCCCUUUCAGCUUAUGUAUAAUGGACCGGCCCAGGUCUCGUCUUUUUACGAACCUAAGCCCAUUCCCUUCUCGAAAUUGCGAGAGCUCAAUUCAUGUUCGAACACGUAUAAUCAAUAACGCCGGGGGCUUGUGUGUUGGCACGCUCCCAGUGGUAACCAAUUUGUUCUCUACCUUGAUUUGCUACCCAUCUUUUUUUAACUUUCAACACGCUCUACUGCCCACCUGUUAAUUCGUAUCUCUCUGAAGCCUAUCCUAUGGACCAGCUAGCCUCUUUUCGAGGUAAAUACAUGCAUGGAAUGAAUGUGUGUGUUCCGGAUGGACACAUGGGUGUAGUGUUUCGAGAACAAGGUAGACCUCUUUGCGACGUUGAUCACCACAGGGCCACUUUUCGGACAUCAAGUUUUCAGGGCCCCACACCUCAAUGUCCGCACAAUUGCAAGAGCAACUCUAGCGGCGUACAGCAGACUGAACGUGUAUGGAACGUGCACAGAUCAUUCUCUUCUUUUAAGUCUUGGAAUCGAAGUCCUUUUCAACUGGGUUUCCCUAAAGAGUCUAACUGGCUCAACUGGAUGCAAUCUAUCGGGCCCUCUAUUCACGCGCCUGUCUGCAUGAGCAACGCGUUGCUGCCCUUUGAAUCGACGAUUGGCAGCAUGAUGAGAGCUUUCGACAACCAAGCUUCUCAACUUCUCGAUGCCUUUAUCUGUCCUAUGGGUUUGACCGAUGGUGCCGGGACUGCCUCCAGCCAGUUCAGUCACCCAGCGGGAGAUGACUUGGCAGUCUUUACGAUCAUAUCAUCCUCAGAUGCACCGAAUCUGAAUAGGAGCGCCGACUACAAGAUUAAAGAUCGUAAUGUUGAAGUCUCCAAUGUAACGGAGGAAAAUGCCCAGCUGCCGUCCGAAUCGAGCAGGAGAAAAAGGGCGAAGCGAGAGUCCACUCCGUCUUUGGAUGAUGAGAAUUUAGAGUCGGGCGAUUGCAAAAAGCGGCACUGUAAACAAUCGUUUUUUGAUAGAAGCCGACGAUAAAAAAAAAAGAGAUCAUUUUUUAUGGUACAAAA